AUGGAGACUGCACGGGAGCUGAUGCCGCUGGCCAAGCAGAUGGGGGCCUGGAGGCGCAGCCACAAGCGGCUAAAGUUGUACGUGCUGGGCAGCGUGCUGGCCCUGGUGGACACCAUGUGCAGCCCCUUCUCUGCCGCCAGCCGCUUGCAUGAGCGGGAAGCUGCCCUGUGCAAGCUGAGGGCCAGCCACCAGACCCCUGACCCGCAGACGGUCGCCAAGAGCCAGCCGGACAGCAGCCGGGGCAGCAGGGCCCUGGCCCACCAACAGUAUGCAUCCUAAGGCAGCAUGCUGGGUCGGGCGAGGCGGCAGCGUGGUUCCAAGGGCACAGACCAGGAGAAGGCUAGGCUUCAGCCUAGGAUCCAGCCUCCGUGCCCCCGCCGUCCCCAUCAUGCAGUGCACUGCAGAGACGUCCAGUCUAGA